UCUCUUAACAACAGUUUGAAAAAAAGAAUCAUGCGUCUUACGAUCGUGCAGUUCCUUUUGAUGCUGGUCCUAGCUUUGGCUGUAGCUGGACCAGUAUCCAAAAUUUCUGAGAAGAAAUCUUUGGUCGAUAAUACGAAACUCGUAAAGGAGGUUCCGAAGAUCGAAGAGAUCGGCGAUGAAAAGGAUCGAUCGAAGAAAUCUACCACGACUUUCUGCGUGGAAAUCCGACCUGGAAGCAACGAACCUGUUCAGAUACCUUGUGCUUGCAAGAACAAGGAAGGAAACGUUCCACAAUUAAGCGUUCAACAAACUCCUGAUAGCCCAGCUCUUUAUUCAUCUCCUCAAUCGGUCCCAGCACAUCCACACAGUCCUCAGAGCGUGAAUAUUAUCCAUGCACCAUCUCAGCCACCUCAAACAUUAAACAUCAUUCAACCAGCACCGACUCUGCACGCCGUACAAUUCCUACAACCUCAAGGCAAUAAUCCACCAGCUAUCCAAACCCUUAAUUUCUUGCAACCAUCUGCCCAAUUAUCCGAGCCAGCACAUCAAUCUCUUCACAUCACAUUGCCAUCGAAGCCAGAAUCAGAAUUAUCCGAACCUGUUUAUUCUGAGAAAAUUAUCCUGCCACCUUCCGAAUCUGCACCUCAGCCAGAAUCUCAACCAGCUCCUCAGUCAGCUCCUCAGCCAUCUCCUCUGCCAGUCGUUCAGCCAGUUGUUCAGCCAGCUGCUCAGCCAGAACAUGGCGAGCACUCGCAUAAAUCGGAAGUUCAUGUGUCGGUUAUGACCGAAGACAAGAAGGAUAACGAGGAACAAAAACCUUACUCAGAGGUCGUCGUACAACCUCCAAGACCUGUCGAAACUAUCAAAGUGGUACCAGUGGCUCCGAUUCGUCAACCCUAUGAAGAACAAGUCGUCGUUGUGCCAAAUCCUGUUUUAGUAACGAAUCAACAGGAAAAUUGCCCUCCUACUAGUAUUGUUCAAGUACCAUCGGUUCCUUACGGAGCGAACUACGAAUCGGUCAUCCAAGUACCAGGAUCAACGUUUCAACAAUCAGGACCAUUCCACACCGAAUGCAGCUGCAAACAAACGCAUCCAGCACAUCCAGAUGCAUCUUCCUCAUUAAGGACUCAUUUUAAGGACAAGGGUACGAAGAUUAUACCAAUGAUCAUCUAUCCUCCUGCUGCAUCCUCCGCUCCUGUAUCAUCACCCGCUCACUAUACCUCGGAACUGGCUUCUCUUCCUCGCCCAUCUAACUAUCCAAUGGUCAUUAUGCAGACGACAAGAAAUAAGGACGGAAUGCAACCAGAAGAAAUGUCUGAUAUGAAAACCUAUAAAUCUAUGGACGGCUCGGCUCGUUAUAGCUAUGAUCAAAAUCCAAAUAUGUACUACGAUAUGAGUACAGGAAUGCAACUUAUGGAUAUCGGCCGUCAAGCUGCCCCGACUCUCGAAAAUCGAAAAGAAGAAGAAAACAUGAUGAAAACGAGCGGAUUGCUUAACGAACCUCUGAAACCUAGAUUCACAAGAAACGAUAAGGAUGCCAAGAUAAACGAGAAAAUAAUCGAGGAGAAAACUUCAUCGACGAAAAUCGCUUAAUUCGAAGGACCGGCUUUCAACGUUUUCAGUGGAUAAUCCAUUAAAAUUACUUUGAAACGUCUCAUUCUCUAUUUUCUUAUUGUUUAUCUUGUAUCUUUCGAAAUAUUACGAUCGAUAAGAUGUACAAAUAAAUAAAAUAUAAAUAACAUGA